UUAUUGGUUCCUUCUCUGCAUAAUCCUAAUGUAUUUGUCGUAAUACCACUUUUUCUUUGCUUGAUAAAUAUCCUUUCUUUGCUUGACCCACUUUCCCUGCAAAAAUCUCCUCCUCCUCCACAUUUCCACCACAUAAUUUUUUCUUCAAAAAUCUAGCUCUCUAUGCUCUUUCCCUUUCUUCCUCAGCCUGCAUCAUGAACAGUAUAAUGAAGCCAUUGGUAUUGCUCCUGUUCAUCUCUCAGUUCAUUCUUCAAGUAAAUCUGGUGAGAACUGAGUCACCAACGGGGGAGUGGAAACCGGUGGGGCCUACAGAGUACCGCCCGCUGGAAAGCAACCUCGAUGGUGACCCACGGCGGAGGUUGGCACCUUUCCAGCUCUGUUUGGCGUGCAAGUGUUGCACCGCCAGCGCCGCCGCCACUUGUGCCACCUUGCCUUGCUGCUUUGGCAUCGACUGCCAGCUUCCCAACAAGCCCUACGGGGUCUGUGCCUUUGUACCCAUGUCUUGCAAUUGUACUUCUUGUGCCUCUGUCUGAAGAAUAAGAGGUCAUUUAGAAACUCGAGAAUUCAAUAACAGGAAAUAACUGGAAUUGUACACAUCAAAAAACAUCUAUAUUUGUGGUUCUGCUGCAUUUAAGAUCAAUACAUUUAAGAUCAAUACAUUUAAGAUCAAUAUUUAUACAUUGUGCACUCCUAUUUAUAAAGUCAGUCAUCCCUGACUAUAAUUCAGGAGCAUCUCCCACUUUGUUCUUUCCUUC